AUGAGGGAGUCGGUAGUGGGCGUGGUGUUGAGGUAUGUGGAGGCGGGGUGUAGAUUGGGAUGGGGUAGGGUUGUUGGGGGCAUGCGUGGGGGAUGGCAGGGCCGGGUGAUGGGGGGAAGGGCUGUCGGGACUAUAUCCAAUACAGAAGCUACAAAAAAACGAUUAACCCAACCAAUCUCACCAACCCACCCAAAUCCCUCCCUCACACCAAUACUCCGUCUCCCCCUGCAACCCCACCCGCCAACUACCCAAUCCAUUGCUCCUCCAAUCCGACCACCCUCCCCCAACCCCCACUUUUUGACAACCCUACCACCCACAGCCACCAGCCCUUCACGCCACGCCACUUCACCCUCCGACCCGAGCCGCCCCACAGCCACUCGCACCCCCUUCACACUGCUCCCCGCCGGUCACCCAUUCCCUACACCCACAUACUGUCCACCUCCCACUCCCUACACCCGUACCCUCCAUCCCCACCAGCCCACAACUAAAUCACUCCCAAUCCACUCAACGCGCAACACCCAACACGCCAACCCGACGUACCCUCCCUCCACACCCACCCCGGCCCCUCGCCACCCACACCACCCCCAUCCCCGAACCCCCCAUCUCACCCCCCCACCCCCGGGCCACAUCGCAUCCCCCCGAGGUCAACCACUACGCGACGCACUCUCCCUCCCCGUCCUACCCCCACCCCCACCGCUCCACCGCCCCCCCUACCCAAACAAUACUACCCCACCCCCCACUCCUUCCUCCCACUCCCACUGA